GAGCAACCGCCGGCCGGCGCUCUCCCCUCCCUCCCCCUCCCCUCGCCUCCUCCUCAGCCUCCUAGAACGAGACACCAACAUGGAGCCUGAGGACCUGCCGUGGCCCAGCGAGCUGGAGGAGGAGGAGGUGGAGGUGGAGGAGGUCGAGGAGGCGGAGGAGGAGCCGGAGGCGGGGAGCUUGGGCGAGGACGAGGUGGUGACGGUGGAGGAUGUGGAGGAGCAGGGCCUGGAGCUGGGCGCCGACUGCGGCUGCGAAGCCCCGCCGCGGGAGUGUACGGACGACGAGGACGACGAGGAGGCCAAGGCCUGGCUGGAGGCGCAGCCCAGCGGGACUCUGACUGCACCGACGCUUCCGAGGCAUCGCUACCUCGCGGGCGAGCGGCCCGGCCCGGAGAGGGUUGUACCAUUGACCCAUCAUGUAUGGCAACAAGACAAUAGUGUCUGUCAAGACAAUAGUGGAAUGCAGAUUUUUGAUACUAAUGUGGUCCGUUUGGAAAAAAAAGCUCAGUGGGGAUAUAGGGGUGAUCAGAGAACAGAAUCUUGGGAUUGUCUUCCUCAAGAAAUGGACUCUUCCCAAACUUUGACUACACCUAAGACCAGGUUUAAUGUGAGAGAGGAAGAGACCAAAGUGACAGAUUUCCCCUCUCUGGAGGAAGGUGUAUUGACCCAAUCAGAAAAUCAUGUAAAGGAAUCCAACAGAGAUCUCCUGUGUUCUCCUUUGCUUGUCAUACAAGACAACUUUGCUUCUCCUGAUUUGCCUUUGCUGACAUGUGUGACACGAGAUCUAGAGUUUGGGCCUGAUUCCUUAUUUCAGCAAAGUGAAGUAGAUUUUGCACCUCUGAGGAGAAUUCCUGGUAAGUCUGAAGACACUGAAUGGUUUUCUCGACCAUCGGAAGUUAGUGAAGCACUAUUCCAGGCAGCCUCAAAAGUAGCUUCAGACUUAGUUAACAAUUGCUUUAGUGUGUCUCAGCACCCACAUACAGGUAGUACAACUGUUGGGUCUCAGUACUCUUUUUUACCUCCUGAACAAGGCUCUAAAGAAGAGACUAUUUCAUCUGAAACAGUUGAUGAACUGAAAACCCCCAAAGACUCUGAUAGUUAUGAUGCUCUUUGUUCAUAUAUGUCAUGGAAGACACAAGAAGUUAUACAGGAGCCAGAAACCAAUUUAGGUGAUAAAGAUCAAGUCUCUAUUUCAACUUCAACUGAUGUAAGUGAUGAGUAUAUAAUUCCUAAAGGAAGUGAGCAUUUUGGUGCUUCUUGUUCAUAUGUGCAAUAUUGGAAUCGGAAAACUUUACAGCAGUCAGAAAAAUAUUUAACCAGAAAGGACCAUGAUUCUUUUUCAGAUUCAUCUGACACAAUUGAUAAAAAUAAAAUUCCUAAGGGAAAUGACAGUUUUAGUGCCCCAUUUUCAUAUAUGCCGUGCAGCAAGCAGGGAGCUUCACAUUAUCCAAAAAUAUGUCCAAUUAGUAUGGACUAUGUUUCUUUUCCACAUGAAGUUGCUCCUCAUUUUAAGAAUGAAAUUUCAUGUUCUUUCUUGCAUUGUUUGUUGGGAAGAAGAGGAAAAGAGUUUCCCUUAAUGUCUGGUAGUCAUUGUUUUGAGAGUGUUUAUUUAGGGGCUUCAGCUGAGAAUAAGGUGAAACAAAAAAUGGAUUCAUUGGAGGGUUAUGAAAGAAAUGAAGAAGGUCUGGGGAAAGAAUUACCUCAAUAUUUUGAUCUAAAGGAGGAUAGAAAUACUUUAGAAUUUUCAGAGGUACAUCCCAGAUCUUCAAAAAUACAAUAUAUUGAGAAUAUAGUUCCUGAUAACUCUGUAAAAGUUUCAAAAGUGCGUGAUACCUUUAACAUAGAGACUUCAGGUGGCCCUCUUCAGACUGUUAAAUCCAACUUGGAUGAAACAUCAGAACAACUGUAUUUUCAAGAGGAAAGAAACCAAAAGGCAACUUUUGCAUUUGGUGGGGGAAAUGUUGAUGCUUCUGAAAAUAUAGCCUUUGAGGCAGUUAUUGCCUCUAUUGAGCCUUCCAAGAAAGAGCGUGUAAGAAACGAAAUCCAGACUGAUAUCACUAAGUCUUUAACAAAUGACAGCCAAGAAAGUGAACCAGAAAUUUCAGAUCUUUCCCUCUUAAGUUAUGAUGAAAACUUUUUCUUUGAUAGCCACCCAUGUUAUCAGUCAACUCCUGGGGUUUUUGAACAAGCUGCCUCAAGACCAUUGUUGCAUAAAAAAGAUGGUGAUGACAGCUCCCUGUACUGGCAUCCUAAUUUAAAAUCACCCCCCAUUAAUUCUCAGGAAAUAUUUAUUAACCCAUUUUCUGUUACUCCAGAACUUAAGUCAUCUUUAAGUGAAAAAGCUCUUGGUCUUGGCAAAAUGCAAUCACCUUUAUUUCAGUGUGAUACAAACAAUGAACCUUUUCUUCCCAUUGGGAAGAUAAAGUCUGUUUCUGCUCUUGAUCUUGCAGUGAAGGUAGGUUCUUCAAAUAUUUUUUUUCCAGUGAAAGUAUCAACUUCAGAUUCUUUGGUUUCACAAGAUUUUAAAGAACUUACAGAUUUCUCAAACUGUACUUUGGGUAAGAAUGUAAACUCUAAUAACAUCACUGAAGGGCCACCUUCAGCUAUAGGAAGCAGCUUUUCAGCAAACUUGGUGUCAUGUGAUGUGGAGUCACAAGGUGCUUUACCAUUGACCAGUGAUGCAUCACUAAUUGCAGUUGGCCAAGAGAUAUUGCUGAAAGCUGACAUAGGCCAAGGUGAAAUUCCUCAGCCUAUGGGAGCCAAGUGCAGUUUUACUAUACAUACUAUUAUGCAAAAUGACUCCUAUUUUAUAGAGGGCCUGCAGGGGAAGGCUGAGUCUGACAUCUGUACUCUGGAUGAUGAUAUUGAAUCCUGUAGCCUAGAUGAAAACGCUGUUGUAUGCAGUGAAAGAGUUGCUGAACUACAAAGAGAGAUAUGUGACCAAGGUGACUUGACUAGUGAGUGCAUUGAACUAGCAGGUUUAGAAAAUGUGCUUGAUCAAGACAUUGGCAGAAGCUCCCUACACUGGAAAUCUCCUUUAAAACUGCCAUCUAAGGAAGAGGGCAGUUUUGAAGAACCUGUUGAUCACUCUAAUGUGGACAUUAAACAACCGUUUCCAUCUAUAUUGCCUUCAUUUGUUCCUCAUGAGUCAGUCCGAGAAUUGAAUUACCAUCCUGCAGAUCUCAGAAUGUUAAGAGUAUCUCCUGACACUGUGCCAAAGACUCCCAAGCAUUUAACAGGAGUUACUUCUAAAGGAGGCAUAACUGAUAUUACACAUUCUAACUUGAGACCAGACAUCACUACCACUCCUGGAGUUUCAGACAUUGAAUCUCAUUUAUCCUUGUCCCCUGAUGAAUUUUCUCACUUGGCUGUAAGGUCUCCUCAGGAUAACAUUAUUGACCAACAUACUGAUAGUAUCAAUCAACAGGCAUUGGCAGAUAGUCAUCUAACUGAAGAGACUCUGAAAGUUUCAGCUGUUCGUGAACUAGCUGACCAGAAGACUGGGAUAUCAACAGUACCCACUAGUUCCUACUCACAAAGAGGAAAACCCCAUAUAUUCUACCCACAGGCCGUCUCAGGCAGUCAUCUAACUGAACAGGCUCAGAAUAUUUCAGCUGCUCCUGGAUUCUCUGAGCAAAAGACUGGGAUACCAGCAGUAACCUCUACUACUUACUCACAUAGAGAGCAGCCCAAUAUUUUUUACAGACAAGAGUUGCCAGUUAGUCAUCUUCCUGAAGAGACUCUAAAAGUUUCAGCUGCUUCUGGACCUGCUGCCCAGAAGGCUGGCAUACCUGAAGUUCCUCCAACUUCCUACUCAGUUGGAGAGAAGCACAAUAUUUUCUACCAACAGACAUUGCCAGGCAGUCAUCCUACUGAAGAGACUCUGAAAGUUUUAGCUGUUUCUGGACCAGGUGACCAGAAGAGUGGGAAAACAACAGUAACUUUUAGUUUGGAUCCAUAUAGAGAGAAGCACAUUAUUUUCUCACAGCAACAGUUGCCAGUCAGUCAUUUACCUGAAGAGGGUCUGAAAGUUUCAGCUUCUUUUGGAUCAGCUGACCAGAAAACUGGGAUACCUACAGGGCCCUCUACUUCUCAUUCACAUGGAGAAAAAACCCAUAUUUUCUAUCCUCAGGCCCUGCCAGAGAGUCAUCUAAGUGAGCAGGCUCAGAAAGUUUCAGCUGUUCCUGGAUUCACUGACCAGAGGACUGGGAUAUCAGCAAUAACCUCUCCCUCUUACUCACACAGAGAGAAGUCCAACUUUUUCCACCAACAGGAGCUACCAGAAAGUCAGCUAAUUAAAGAGGCUCAUACUAUUCCUGGAACAGCUCACCAGAAAUCUGAGAUACCAUUAGCAUCCCCUACUUCUUACUCAAAUAGAGGGGUACACGGUAAUUUCUAUCAGCAUGAGUUGCCAAAUUCUCAUUUAACUGAAGAGGCUCUGAAAGUUUCUGCAGCUCCUGGAUCGAUAGACCAGAAGACUGGGUUGCCAUCAGAACCCUUUACUUCCUAUUCACACAGAGAUAAGCCUGUUGUUUUUUACCAACAGGAGUUUCUAGACAGUUCUCUAACUGAACAGGCUCAGAGAGUUUCAGCUGCCCCUGGGUCAGCUGGCCAGAGGACUGGAGUAUCAGCAGUAACUUCUGCUCCUUACUCACAUAGAGAUCAACCCUUUAUUUUUUACCAACAGAAGUUGACAGACAAUAAUCUCACAGAAGAGGCUCUGAGAGGUUCAGCUGUCCCUGGACCUGUGGACCACAGAGCUGAGAUACAAACAGGGUCUGCUAGGUCCUACUUAUUUGAAGAGAAGCCCAAUAUUUCCUACCAGCAGACUUUACCAGGCAGUCACCUACCUGAAGAGGCUCAGAAAAUUUCAGUUGCUCUUGGAUCAGCUGAAAAAAAGACUGGGUUGCUAUCAGAACCUUUUACUUCCCAUUCAUAUAGAGAUAAACCUGGUACUUUUUACCAACAAGAGUUUCCAGACAGUCCUCCAACUGAACAGGCUCAGAAAGUUUCAGCUGUUCCUGGAUUAGCUGACCAGAGGACUGGGAUAUCAAAACUAACCUCUAGUCCUUAUGCACAUAAAGAGCAGCCAUUUAUUUUUUACCAGCAGAAGUUGCCAGAGGAUCAUCUAACUGAAGAGGCUCAAAAGGUUUCUGCUGUUCUAGGAACAGCAGACCAGAAGACUGGGUUGCCAUCAGAGCCUUACGCUUCCUUUUCACAUACGGCAAAGCCUGUUACUUUUUACCAACAGGAGUUCCCAGAGACUUCUCUAACUGAACAGGCUCAGAAAGUUUCAGCUGUACCUGGACCCACUGACCAGAAGACUGGGUUGCCAUCAGAAGCUUUUACUUUCUACUCACACACAGAUAAGCCUGUUAUUUUUUACCAACAGGCAUUGCCAGAUAAUCUUCUAACUGAGCAGGCUCAGAAAGUUUCAGCUGCUUCUGGGUCAGCUGACCAGAGGACUGGGUUAUUAACAGUAACCUCUAUACCUUAUGCACGUAGAGAUCAGCCCUCUUUAUUUUACCAUCAGGAGUUACAGGAGAGUCCUCUAACUGAACAGGCUCAGAAAGUUUCAGCUGCUCCUGGGUCAGCUGGCCAGAGGACUGGGAUAUCAACAGUAACCUCUAGUCCUUAUGCACAUGAAGAGCAGCCCUUUAUUUUUUACCAACAGAAGUUGCCAGAGAGUCAUCUAACUGAAGAGGCUCAAAACACUUCUGCUGUUCCUGGGCCAACAGACCAGAAGACUGGGUUGCCAUCAGAAGCUUUUACUUUCUACUCACACAGAGAUAAGCCUAUUGUUUUUUACCAACAGGAGUUGCCAGAUAAUCUUCUUCCUGAACAGGCUCAGAAAGUUUUAGCUGCUUCUGGGUCAGCUGACCAGAGGACUGGGAUUUCAACAGUAUCUUCAAGUUCCACCUCACUGGAAGGGAAACCCAUUAUUUUCUAUCCACAGGCCUUACCAAAUAGACAUCUCACAGAAGAGGCUCCAAGAGUUUCAGCUGCUUCUGGAUCAGCUGACCAAAGGAAUGGGAAAUCAACAGUAACUUCUAUUCCUUACGCACAUAGAGAGCAGCCCUUUAUAUUUUACCAAAAGGAGUUGCAAGAGAGUCCUCUACCUGAACAGGUUCAGAAAGUUUCAGCUGCUCCUGGAUCAGCUGACCAGAGGACUGGGAUAUCAACAGUAACCUCUAUUCCUUACGUACAUAGAGAGCAGCCAUUUAUAUUUUACCAACAGGAGUUGCAAGAGAGUCCUCUACCUGAAGAGGGUCAGAAAGUUUCAACUGCUCCUGGAUCAGCUGGCCAGAGGACUGGGAUAGCAACAGUAACCUCUAUUCCUUAUGCACAUAAAGAGCAGCCCUUUAUUUUUUACCAACAAAAGUUGCCAGAGAGUCAUCUAACUGAAGAGGCUCAAAACACUUCUGUUGUUCCUGGGCCAACAGACCAGAAGACUGGGUUGCCAUCAGAACCUUUAACUUCCUACUCACACAGAGAUAAGCCUGUUGUUUUUUACAAACAAUUUCCAGACAGUCCUCUAACUGAACAGGCUCAGAAAGUUUCAGUUGCUCCAGGAUCAGCUGGCCAGAGAACUGGGUUGUCAACAGUAACCCCUAUUCCUUAUGCACAUAGAGAACAGCCCUUUAUAUUUUACCAACAGGAGUUACAGGAGAGUCUUCUAACUGAACAGGCUCAGAAAGUUUCAGCUGCUCCUGGAUCAGCUGAGCAGAGGACUGGGAUAUCAACAGUAACCUCUAGUCCUUACAUACAUAAAGAACAGCCCUUUAAUUUUCACCAACAGAAAUUGCCAGAGAGUCACCUAACUGAAGAGGCUCAAAACACUUCUGUUGUUCCUGGACCAACAGACCAGAAGACUGGGUUGCCAUCAGAACCUUUUACUUCCUACUCACACAGAGAUAAGCCCAUUGUUUUUUAUGAACAAGAAUUUCCAGACAGUUCUCUAACGGAACAGGCUCAGAAAGUUUUAGCUGCUCCUGGAUCGGCUGGCCAGAGGACUGGGAUAUCACCAGUAUCUUCAAGUUCCUCCUCACUGGAAGGGAAACACAUUAUUUUUUAUCCACAGGCCUUAACAGAUAGGCAUCUCACGGAAGAGGCUCCAGAAGUUUCAGCUGCUCCUGGGUCAGCUGACCAGAGGACUGGGAUAUCAACAGCAACCUCUAUUCCUUAUGCACAUAAAGAGCAGCCAUUUAUUUUUUACCAACAAAAGUUGCCAGAGAGUCAUCUAACUGAAGAGGCUGAAAACACUUCUGCUGUUUCUGGGCCAACAGACCAGAAGACUGGGUUGCCAUCAGAACCUUUAGCUUCCUACUCACAGAGAGAUAAGCCCGUUGUUUUUUAUGAACAGGAAUUUCCAGACAAUUCUCUAAUUGAACAGGCUCAGAAAGUUUUAGCUGCUCCUAGAUCAGCUAGCCAGGGGACUGGGAUAUCAACAGUAUCAAGUUCCUCCUCACUGGAAGGGAAACCCAUUAUUUUCUAUCCACAGGCCUUACCAAAUAGACAUCUCACAGAAGAGGCUCCUAUAGCUUCAGCUGCUCCUGAAUCAGCUAGCCAGAGGACUGGGAUAUCAACAGUAUCAAGUUCCUCCUCACUAGAAGGGAAACCCAUUAUUUUCUAUCCACAGGCCUUACCAAAUAGACAUCUCACAGAAGAGGCUCCAAAAGUUUCAGCUGCUUCUGAUUCAGCUGACCAGAGGAGUGGGGAAUCAGCAGCAACCUCUAUUCCUUACUCACAUAGAGAGAAGUCUAUUAUUUUCUACCAACAGGCCUUGCCAGAUAGUCCUCUAACUGAAGAGGCUCAGAAAGUUUCACCUGUUCCUGGAACAGGUGACCAGAGAACCAGAAUACCAGUAGAAACUUCUGUUUCUUACUCACACAGAGAGAAGCCUAUUAUUUCUUACCAACAGGAGUUGUCAGAUAGUCAUCUAACUGAAGAGGCUCUGAAAAUUUCAAGUGUUUCUGAAUCAACUGACCAGAAGACUGUAAUACCUACAGCACUGUCUAGUUCCUAUUCAUACGAAGAGGAGCCUGCCAUUUUUUACCAGCAGGAGUUGCCAGAUAUUACUGAAGAGGCUUUAAAAAUUAUAGGGGGUCCUGGAGCAGUUGAUCAGAAGACUGGGAUAUCAGCAGUAACCUCUUCUUACUCACAUAGAGAGAAGCCCAUUGUCUCUUACCAGCAAGAGUUAAUAGAUACUAAUGAUGAUGUGUUCAGACUCCUAGGGCUUCCUGUAUCAGUUGACCAGAAAACUGGUGUACAAAUUGUACCCACUACUUUUCUUAGAGAGCUCCCUGUCUUUUCUUAUCAGAAGGAUUUGCCAGAUGUUACUGAAGAAACUCUGAAAGUUUCAGCUGUUCCUGGACCAGCUGAACAGAAGACUGGUAAAAGAAUUGUAUCCUCAGCUUCCCUUAGAGAGGGACCUAUAUUUUCUUAUCAGAAGGACUUGCCAGGUAUUAGUGAAGAAACUUUGAAAUUUGCAGUUGUUCCUGAACCAGCUGACCAGAAGACUGGGAUACAAGUAAUCCCCUCCAGUUCCUCUUCAUAUAGAGGGAAGGCUGGUGUUUCUUUUCCACAGGAGGUGCCAAAUCUUACUAAAGAAACUUUAAAAGUUUUUGCUCUUCCUGGAUCAGCUGAACAGAAGACUGAGUCAUCAACAAUUUCCCCUAGCCCUUAUUUACAAAGAGAGAAGCCUAAAGAUUCACCUGUGAUUGGACCGGAAGACCAGAAGACUCCAUCAUUGGCAGUUGUUCAUGAUUCUUAUUCUCAGAGAGUAAAACCCAGUAUUUUCUUUCAACAGCAGUUGACAGAUAAACAUGAAAGUAAAGCUAUUCUGAAGAUUUCAACUGUUCCUGAACCCACUGAGGUGGAUUCUGGGAUUCCACUACCUCUUCCUAGUUCCUUUUCACAUAGAGAGAAAUCGAAUAUUUUCUAUUCACAGGAAUUGCCAGAUAACCAUCUAACUGAAAAUGCGCUAAAGGUUUCAGUUAUCCCUGGACAAGCUAACCAGAAAACUCUGUUACCAACAACUCUUCCUAGUUCCUUUUCACCCAGAGAGAAACCAGAUAUAUCCUAUCGAAAGGAUUUGCCAAAUAGACACCUAGUCGAAGGUGCUCUGAUGCUCUCAAGUGGUCUUGGGCAAGAUGAAAAGAUUACUAGGUUCUCAACAGUUUCCCCUGAUACUUAUUCACGUAGUGAAAAACACAAACUUGUUUCAGACCAUGUCCAGAGGCUAAUAGAUAAUUUGGAUUCUUCUAAUUCUAGUCUUACUUCAAACAGUAUGCCUUUAAAUUCUCAGGCUGAUAGUAGAAUUGUAAUAAAUAAGCCAGAAUCAUCAGGUUUUGAAGAUGUUGGCUCUAAGGAUAUCCGGGAUACAGGCAGUGGUUCCAAAACUCUUAAAGAGAUUCGGACACUUUUAAUGGAGGCAGAAAAUAUAGCACUGAAACGCUGUAAUUUUUCUUCUCCCCUUGUGCCUUUCCGAGAUGUUAAUGAUAUUUCAUAUAUACAAUCUAAGAAGGUGGUUUGCUUUAAAGAACCCCCAACAACUGAUAACUCUCAUGGUGAUUUGCCUCACAAACAGUCAUUCACAGAGGAAAACCCAGCCAACCAGUACAUACAGAAGGAUAUUAGCACACAGACGAAUAUGAAAUGCCAGAGAGGCAUUGAAAAUUGGGAGUUUAUUAGUUCAACUACAGUUAGAAGUCCUCUAGAGGAAGCAGAAAGUAAAGCCAGAGUGACAUUAGAUGAAACCCUUAGGCAAUAUAAAGCAGCCAGAUCUGUAAUGAGAUCUGAACCUGAAGGGUAUAGUAGAACCAUUGGGAAUAAAAUUGUAAUCCCCAUGAUGACUAUCAUAAAAAGUGAUUCAAGCAGUGAUGCAAGUUCCUGCUCAUGGGACAGUAAUUCCUUGGAAUCAGUUUCUGAUGUUCUUCUAAACUUCUUUCCAUAUGCGUCACCAAAGACAAGCAUGACAGAUAGCAGAGAGGAAGAGGGUGUGUCAGAGAGUGAUGAUGCUGCCAGCAGUGUAGAUUCACUGGCUGCACAUGUGAAAAACCUACUAAAAUGUGAAUCCUCAUUGAAUCAUGCUAAACAAAUACUCAAAAAUGCAGAGGAAGAAGAAUGUCGGGUGCGAGCACGAGCCUGGAAUCUGAAGUUUAACUUGGCUCGUGAAUAUGAGUGUGGCUACUCAAUUUCAGAAUUAAAUGAAGAUGACCGGAGAAAAGUAGAAGAGAUCAAAGCAAAAUUGUUUGCUCAUGAGAGAACAACUGCUUUGUCCAAGGGUUUACGGAGUCCACAGGGAAUAGGAUGCAAACCAGGAGCUGUGUGUAGUCACAUUAUAAUUGAGAGCCAUGAGAAAGGAUGUUUCAGGACUCUAACUGCUGAACAACCACAAUUGGAUACUCACCCUUGUGUUUUCAGAUCUGCUGAACCCUCAGAAAUGAUCAGAGGACAACGGAGCCCUUCAUCAUGGAGAAGCAGGCACAUAAAUCUUUGCAAAUCACUAGACCAGAACAACCCCCAUUUCAAAGUGUGGAAUUCCUUGCAGUUUCAAAGUCAUUCCCCAUUUGAAAACUUUACAGCUGAUGACUUCAACAUUAGCAAGGGUCUUCAGAUGCCUUUCCAUGAAAAGAUGGACCCUUGGCUGUCAGAAUUAGUAGAUCCUGCUUGUGUGCUGCCAUCUGAAGAAAUGGAGUGUCAUUUUCCAUCACGUUCUUCAUCACAAAUGCCGCCCCCAGAAUCCAUGAAAAAGUUUACUACCUCCAUCACUUUCUCAUCUCACCGACAUUCUAAAUGCAUUUCAGAUUCCUCUGUUUUUAAGGUUGGUGUUACUGAAGGUAGCCAAUGUACUGGAGCAUCUAUGGGGGUAUUUAAUUCUCAUUUCACUGAAGAGCAAAAUAUUCCUAGAGAUCUAAAACAGAGAACCUGUUCUCCUUCAUCGUUUAAAACUUUGGGUCAUUCACCAGAUAAAACUGUGACUAUUUUAGCAGAAAGUAGUAGGCAAAACCAAAAAUUACCUGUUGAACUUUCUCACCAAGAAGAAAAACUCUUAGAAAGAUCACAUUUCAAAGGCAGUCAUUUUGAGCCCAGUACCCAUGCAGAUUCUCACAAUUUUAAGGAAGUUCAUUUUUCUGAUAACAAUACCCCCAUUAAUUUGGACAGGCCAAGUUCCACACCCUCCAUAAAAGAGAAGAAUAUAACUAUAACUCCAGAUUUACCUUCGCACAUUUUCCUUGAACAGCGGGAGCUCUUUGAACAAUGCAAAUUCCCACCUACAGAUCAUCAUGUGGGAAAACAUUCUCCCCCUCCUCAGCAUCAGGAUUAUUUAGCUCCAAACCUUCCUUGUCACAUUUUUCUUGAAAAACGAGACUUCUUUGAACAAGCCCCACAUGUAGAGCAUCAGAUGAAAGAAAAUGAAUCACCAAUCCCUCAAGGUCAGGAUAGUAUAGCUUCAGGAACUCCUUGUUCCAUUUUUCUUGAGCAACGUAAGCUCUUUGAACAAAGCAAAGCCCCAAAUAAAGAUUACCACAUAAGAAAACACCCUUCCUCCCUUCCUCAAGAUGAGGAUUGUGUAGUAGAAAAGAAGAAUCAACAUAAACAUAAAUCACACAUUAGUAAUAUGAUAAAUGUUGAACCCAGCUCCAAUAAUGUGGUCUCCCAGCCAACCUCAAAUCAGUAUACGGUAGUAACAUCUACAUCUACUCCACCUUCAAAUAGAAAAGCAAUUUCUUGUGUUCGUAUAACUCUUGGUCCCAAGACUCCUUCCAAGUUGGAUAGUGGAACCUUAGAUAAGACAUUUCAGUCAUUGGAUCCUGCUUCUAAAACAAGGAUGAAUAGUGAGUUUAACUCUGACCUGCAAACUAUAUCUUCAAGAUCAUUGGAACCAACCUCCAAAUUAUUGACCAGUAAAACGAUAGCACAGGAUCAAGAAUUUCUAGGACCUAAAUCUUCACCGGACUUGGAAGUUGUACAGUCUCCUCUUCCAGAUAAUUACAUUCAGGAUUUGAAAAUCAUACCUUCUGAGAAUAGCCAGUUAGUAACCUCAAGGCAAACACAAGUGAACAAUUCAGACUUGGAAAGAUAUUCCAAUCCAGAAGGGACUCCAGUAUCUGCAGAUCGACCUUCAGAGGAGAUUAAGACACCGUUUUCAACCUUUUCUGGAAAAUUAUUGUCUGAUGCAGUCACUCAGAUAACAACAGAAAGUCCAGAUAAAACUUUGCUUUCCUCUGAGAUAUUUAUUAAUGAUACAGAUCUUGCACAUGCAAUUCCAGAGCCUAAAACCCAGAAGAUGCUCAGCAAAGUUCCCAUCAAACUUGCUUCCUCAUCUUCAAUCCAACAGAUUUCUGUUUCUCGUGGCCCAGAUGCCCAGCCGUCACUGUUGCCAUAUAAACCUUCUGGGGAUACAAAGAUGUACUAUGUUCCCCAAUUAAGCCAGAUUCCUCCAUCUCUGGAUUCCAAAUCAGACACCACCAUUGAGAGCUCCCACUCAGGAUCCAAUGAUGCCGUUGCUCCAGACUUUCCUGCUCAGGUGCUAGGCACACGGGAUGAUGACCUGGCAGUCACUGUUAACAUUAAACAUAAAGAGGGGAUCUAUAGCAAGCGGGCAGUGAGCAAGGCAGCCUUAUCAGUGAGGAAAAACCCCUUUCAGAAAGAUAAUACAGAUGCUGAAGUUCAAGUUAUCUUCACCAAGGAUGAGAGGCUCUUAGAUAAAAACGGUGAAGAGGAAAUUCACAGUAAUUGGGCAGUGACUGUGGGUGCACGUUCUGAAGAGAAAGAAUCCUUGCAGAAAGACACUGCAGGUUCCAGUGAUGCUGCUGCUACAGGGAGCUCAGCUCAACUACCAGACACAAAAAUCGAAAAUUUACCAGACACUGAAGAAAUUAAACAAAUAGAGGAGGUCCAGAGUAAGAGGCCAGUUACAAAGGAAGCCUGGUCAGAAAACAAAGAAUCCUUGCAGAUAGAUAUUGCAGGAUCUGGAUUUGAAAAUACUACCCAUUCUGUCUUCAGGUCAGCCAAAUUUUACUUUCAUCAUCCAGUACACCUGUCAAAUGAUCAAGAUUUUUUUCAUGAGUCUUUAGGAAGGAGUGUUUUCAUGAAACAUUCUUGGAAAGAUUUCUUUCAACAUCAUCCAGACAAAUAUCGAGAACACACUUAUCCUCCUCCCCCUUUUCAAAAUGCAGAAAAGAGUAAGGCAGAUUAUCCCAAAAUAGAGAGCCUCAGUAUCAAUGUGAACUUGGAAAACAAAGAAGCAGUAAAUGACCAGACUAGAGAAUAUCCAAAAGUUGACCAGAAAAUUAAUGAUCCAAAAAGGUAUCAUAAGGUCACCCCAGAGCAAACAACUCAACACACUGCAAGCUUGAAUGAACUCUGGAACAAGUAUCAGGAGCGACAGAGUCAACAGAAGCCUUCUGAGUUCACUGACAAGAAAGAAUUAUCCUUGGUGGAGCGACUUGAUCGUUUGGCUAAACUUCUUCAGAAUCCCAUUACCCACUCUCUUCAGGCCGUAGAAAGCACACAGGAUGAUAGCAAAGGGGAACAAGAUGUUAAGGAAUGGAGUGGUAAACAGCAACAGCAGAAAAACAAGCUUCAGAAAAAAAAGCGGUAUAAAAGCAUAGAGAAAUGCCAUAAAAAUACAGGCGAUCUUAAAAAAAACAAAGUGUUUCCUGCUCAUCAAAUGGGGAGAUCUAAUCAGAUUAAAAUUGAGCAAAUAAAAUUUGAUAAAUAUAUUCUGAGAAAACAGCCAGGGUGUCAUUAUAUAAACAACACUUCUUCAGAUUCUAGGCCUUCAGAGGAGAGUGAUUUGCUUACAGAUACUCCCACCAAUAUCCUUUCCCCUACCACUUCUGUGGAUUCAGAUAUAUUGACUCAAACAGAUAAAGAAGUGACAUAUGAAAGGAGCAGCUCUAUUUCCACCAUUGACACUGCCCGAUUGAUUCAAGCUUUUGGCCAUGAAAGAGUUUGUCUGUCACCCAGGCAAAUUAAAUUAUACAGCAGCAUUACUGACCAUCAGAGGAGAUACCUUGAGAAGCGGAGCAGAAACAAGAGAGCAUUGAAUAUAGGUCAUCCCCAGAUGACCUCUGAGCACACCAGAAGGAAACACAUCCAGGUCUCUAACCAUGUGAUUUCUUCUGACUCUAUUUCAUCUCCUACCAGUAGUUUCUGGAGCUUGAGCUCUACUUUUUGCAACAAGAAAAAUGUACAAAUGUUAAACAAAGGAGUACAAGCAGGUAACUUGGAGAUUGUAAAUGGUGUCAAAAAACACACUCGAGAUGUAGGGAUGACCUUCCCAACUCCAGGUUCUAGGGAGGCUAGAGUAGAAGAGGACAGUGAUGUGACUUCUUGGUUAGAAGAUAAAAUAGAAGAGAAAAUGUUUCUUACCAAUUACCUCGGGGACAGAAAGUCAAGGAAGAACAAGCAGAGGUGCUGUGAAGGGGUUUCCUGGUUUGUUCCUGUGGAAAAUGUGAAAUCUGGUUCUAAGAAGGAAAACCUGCCCAAGUUUUAUGGCCCUGGUAUCUCCUGGUUUGCACCAAUAACCAGCACUAAACCUUGGAGGGAGCCACUACGAGAACAAAACUGGCAGGAACAGUGCAUGGACAGCCACAGGCCACUAGCAGGGCCAGGCAGGGAUCCACCAAUGCCCUUUGUGAGAGCAACCUUACAGGAAUCACUUUGGCUACACAGACCUGAUUUCAUCUCUCGCUCUGGGGAGCGCAUAAAGCGCCUGAAGUUAAUAGUUCAAGAAAGGAAGUUGCAAAACAUGUUACAGAGUGAGAGGGAGGCACUGUUCAACACUGUGAGAGAAUGGCAAGGCUACCGGGAUCCCAUGAACCCACUCUCUAAAAGAGGCUUCCUGGCUGCCCAGAAGAACAGGCCUGUUGGAAAGAAGGAAAUGAUUCAGAGGUCUAAACGAAUUUAUGAGCAGCUUCCAGAAGUCCAGAAAAAGAGAGAAGAGGAAAAGAGGAGAUCGGAAUAUAAGUCAUACCGACUACGAGCCCAGCUAUAUAAAAAGAAAGUGACCAAUCAGCUCUUGGGGAGAAAAGUUCCCUGGGACUGACCUAAGAUUAUUUUCCUCAGAGCCUUGGAAUCAUAUUUUAUCAACAUAGAGAAGCACAAUCCUUACUUUUAUGAAUCUGGCUUAAUAAAACUUAAUCUUUGUCCAUGUGUAAUUUAGAAGUCAUCUUCUGCACAGUGUGGGGCAGAGUGGUAAUUAAGAUUAUCAAUGGUUUGGGAGCA